AACUUGAACACUUGAACUAUCUAUCUUUGGUUCAUUUCAUAGUGCUUUUCUGCAAAAGUUACCUACCAUGUAUUCACAUUACCGUUCAAAAUGCAGAGCACUAACUACCACCAUCUUCUUCCUUUUACCACUCAUCUCUUCCCUUUUCUUCACCUCUUCCACCGCUUGCUCUAACGGCAAUUGCCAGGUUUUGGAAGCUUGUUCUGCUGCUACGGAUUGUGGGUCGGGGCUUUUUUGUGGUAAUUGUCCUGCUUUGGGUUUGAACCAACCCAUCUGUACUAGAGGGCAACCUGUAAUUCCCACAUCUGCUGUGAAUGGAUUGCCCUUCAACAAGUAUUCAUGGAUAGUGACUCACAAUGCCUUCAGCAUUGUCGAUUCGCCGCCUCUGCCUGGUGUUCAAAGACUAACUUUUUACAAUCAAGAAGACACUGUAACUAAUCAGUUGAGGAAUGGAGUGCGAGGACUAAUGUUGGAUAUGUACGACUUUGAAAAUGAUAUCUGGCUCUGUCAUUCGUUUCAAGGGAAAUGCUUUAACUUCACUGCCUUUCAACCUGCAAUCAAUACUUUGAAAGAAGUAGAAGCAUUCUUGACACAAAAUCCAACUGAGAUUGUUACCAUCAUAAUCGAAGACUAUGUACAUACUCCAAAAGGGCUGACUAAUCUUUUCACAAGUGCUGGAUUGGAUAAGUAUUGGUUUCCCGUGUCAAAGAUGCCGAAAAAGGGUAAUGAUUGGCCCACUGUAACCGAGAUGGUUCAAGCAAAUCACCGACUUGUUGUUUUCACUUCUGAUGCUUCGAAGGAAGCUGGAGAAGGAAUAGCUUAUCAGUGGAAGCACGUGGUUGAAAAUGAGUCAGGAGACCCCGGAGUUCAGAAGGGUAAUUGCCCUCAUAGGAAAGAAUCAAAGGCAUUAAACUCUAAAAGUUCGUCGCUUUUCUUGAUGAAUUACUUUCCAACAUAUCCAGUUCAAGCUGACUCAUGCAAAGAGCAUUCCGCUCCACUUGCUGAGAUGGUGAAUACAUGUUAUAAAGCUGCAGGGAAUGUGGUGCCUAACUUCAUAGCUGUUAACUUUUACAUGAGGAGUGAUGGAGGCGGUGUUUUUGAUAUUGUGGAUAAAAUGAAUGGCCACUCAUUGUGUGGAUGCAGUACAGUUGCUGCUUGUCAGGCAGGUGCGUCCUUUGGAUCUUGCAAGAACAUUUCUGUACCUAAUACAAGUCCAGUGAGCAACACUGGUGGAGUUGGAAGCUUUAAUGGAUCUGUUCAGUUCUCUAAAUCUGCUUCGCCUGUCCAUUACCCAAAUUGCGUGUUUGUCUUCUUGUUUUACUUCCUGCUUAUUGCAGUCUUGUUGAAACUAUGAUCACUAAGCAUUAUCAUAUGGCUCGAGCUAUGAAAUUCAUGGAACUGUUGCUAGGUUAGGAAAUUUGUAAUGUGUUUGGAAGCUUUAUCUUCCGCCGGUGUCACCUUGCAUUUGUGCUAAAGGUACUAGCUUUGAGUUAACCCUGUGUCUAGGUGUUUGCACCGUAUAUCCAAACCUACGCUAGAUAAGCUUUUCUUUAUGCUUAGGCUAAAUUCAUGGAUAUUUAAGUCAUCUGUGGUAAAAUGUAAUCAAGUGAGAUCAAGAUCUUAUCUGAGCUAUAAGCAGUUCAGGUAUGUUAUAUUCUUUGGCUGUAGAAAUCAAGUUCUAAAUAUUGCAACUUUUUUGGAUGCUUAAACUUUCACUCUUUUCUGUCA